UUCGGCCACAGACUUUGAGAGGAGGAGCUGGAGAUCAGGAGGCGUGAGCCGCCGGGAGUUUGCAGAAUCCGUGGUGUGAAUGAACUGGGGGCACCUGGGCGCACGGAUCACCCCCCCCUUCUCGCCCCAGGCCAGAGUUGAGUAGUGGGGCAUUUUUUUCACCCUCUUGUGAAGAAUUUUUUUAUUAUUUGUUGUAAAGUCUUUUGCACAAUCACGCCCACAUUUGGGGUUGGAAAGCCCUAAUUACCGCCGUCGCUGAUGGACGUUGGAGAGGGAGCGCCUCGCCGCGGAACAGUCGCCUGCGCGCCCUCGCCGGACCCGCGGCUCCCUUGUUGCGCGUCGGCCAGGCCCUGUCCCUGUGUCCGGCUGGCGGGCUUCCGCGCCCACUCGGUUCCCGGGCGCAUCCCAGCCCUGCUCCGUCUCCGGUCCCCAGACUUCGGGUCCAGCGACCGCUUCGGCUCCGAUUCCCUGCGCCUGCCAGACGCGCCCAGAAGGAACCCGCAGCUCUGCGCGGGAUUGUACCCCCAGGCUUAACCCGGCUGCUCCGCUUGGAUUCCUCUGCUGCCCUUGCUUUGGUGGCGACUUCCUCCCCGGCCCCCUCCCCCUCGCCAUGAAGAAGUCGGUUGGAAUAUUAAGCCCAGGAGUUGCUUUGGGGACGGCUGGAAGUGCAAUGUCUUCCAAGUUCUUCCUAAUGGCUUUGGCCAUAUUUUUCUCCUUCGCCCAGGUUGUCAUAGAAGCCAAUUCUUGGUGGUCGCUAGGUAUGAAUAACCCUGUUCAGAUGUCAGAAGUAUAUAUCAUAGGAGCACAGCCUCUCUGCAGCCAACUGGCAGGACUUUCUCAAGGACAGAAGAAACUAUGCCACUUGUACCAGGACCACAUGCAGUACAUCGGAGAAGGCGCGAAGACAGGCAUCAAAGAAUGCCAGUAUCAAUUCCGACAUCGGAGAUGGAACUGCAGCACCGUAGAUAACACCUCCGUUUUUGGCAGGGUUAUGCAGAUAGGCAGCCGCGAGACGGCCUUCACAUACGCGGUGAGUGCCGCGGGGGUGGUCAACGCCAUGAGCCGCGCGUGCCGCGAGGGCGAGCUGUCCACCUGCGGCUGCAGCCGCGCAGCGCGCCCCAAGGACCUGCCGCGGGACUGGCUGUGGGGCGGCUGCGGCGACAACAUCGACUACGGCUACCGCUUUGCCAAGGAGUUCGUGGACGCGCGUGAGCGGGAGCGGAUCCACGCCAAGGGCUCCUACGAGAGCGCUCGCAUCCUCAUGAACCUGCACAACAAUGAGGCUGGCCGCAGGACGGUUUACAACCUGGCUGAUGUGGCCUGCAAGUGCCACGGGGUGUCCGGCUCGUGUAGCCUCAAGACGUGCUGGCUGCAGCUGGCAGACUUCCGUAAGGUGGGCGAUGCCCUGAAGGAGAAAUAUGACAGCGCCGCGGCCAUGAGGCUCAAUGGCCGAGGCAAGCUCGUGCAGGUCAACAGCCGCUUCAACUCGCCCACCACGCAGGACCUGGUCUACAUCGACCCGAGCCCUGACUACUGCGUACGUAAUGAGAGCACGGGCUCGCUGGGCACGCAAGGCCGCCUCUGCAACAAGACGUCUGAGGGCAUGGACGGAUGUGAGCUCAUGUGCUGCGGCCGCGGCUACGACCAGUUCAAGACCGUGCAGACGGAGCGCUGCCACUGCAAGUUCCACUGGUGCUGCUACGUCAAGUGCAAGAAGUGCACAGAGAUUGUGGACCAGUUUGUGUGCAAAUAGUGGGCGCCCUGCCGCCCGCCUGUCACCCAGCCCCAUUCCCAGGACCCACUUAUUUAUAGAAAGUACAGUGAUUCUGUUUUUUUUUUUAAAUAUUGUUUUAUAUUCCCCCAAGAAUUGCAACGGAACCAUUUUUUUUCUCUUCCCAUCUAAGAACUCUGUGGUUUAUUAUUAUUAUAAUUAUUAUUUGGCAAUAAUGGGGGGUGGGAGCCAAGAAAAAUAUUUAUUUUGUGGAUCUUUGAAAAGGUAAGACAAGACUUCUUUUGAUGGUGUAGGAUGAGGGGGAAAUAACACAUAUCCUAACUUAGUUGUGUGCACAUCUAGAAGGUAAAGGAAAUACAUUUUCUUUCUCUCAACUAUGGGGUCAUAUGGGACAGGUAGCAUUCAGUGGUCCAAAUCUAUGCACAAUUCAGCCUCUGUGACCAAAAGGAAUUGUAAAUGCUCUGGUAUAAGGUGUUGAGAAUCAAACAAACAAAAAAAUGAGACAACCCCCCUCCCCCAACUUUCCCAGGGGCUGCCAACCUGAAACAUUUUCAAAAUGGUAAUUGAAAAUGUAAGAGCGAGAAUCUCAAAGAAAAAAAGGUAUAUCAUGUGUCUCAUACUUCUCAAACAUUCCAUGUGCAGACGGUCCUAUUCAAAUAGCUACCAAAACUUGGAGAACUGUGCAGAAAGCCCCAGAAAUUAAAAAAAAAACCAACUUAAAAACGCCCAUAUCAUGACAAUGAUUUGAAGCUGUUUUAGGAAUUAGGUUAUCAGAUUGGAAAAGAAUCCGCAAAUGAUUCUGGGUUGCAGACUUUUUGUUUGGAUAGGGGUGGGGGAGGUUGGCUUGGAUAUAAAAAGAAAAUAUACUGUAAUUUUCUUAGGGAUACUUGGUUAAUAAAUGAUAAUAAUGAAAAUAAUAGAUGAAUUCCAUUGACAGAUCCCCGGCACAAAAAACCAAGGUAAUUGUGUGUAGUUCAGUGCUGCGCCAGAGCAGAAAACCUCUUCCAGAGGAAGAAGUGAAAUCCGCCCUCCCACUUGACCCCAAGCUCUGUCUGAUUCUCCUUGCCGCGUGGCAAGGGGGUGAGGCUGGCCACGUUUCAAAGGCUGCUCCACUGGGUCCCCUUUGAUUGCAGGGCAGGAAAUGAACCAUUAAGAGCUUCACGUGGAAAACAGUUCACUACUUAGGGAUUUUUUUUUCUAAAACUUUUAUUCUGAGGAGCAGUAGUUUUAUGUUUUAAUGUCAUAACUUGGCUAAUGGAGUUCACAGAGGUGUCACAGCGUCUCACUGUUAUGAUCCUGUGUUUAGACUCUCCACUCAAGCUUUUCCUAUUAUACUGCAGGUGUACCCUAUAACUGUUCCUCGUGUACUUGAACAGUUGCAUUUAUAAGGGGGGAGGGAAAUGUGGUUUAAUGGUGCCUGAUAUCUCAAAGUCUUGUACAUAACAUAUAUAUAUAUAUAUAUACAUAUAUAUAAAUAUAAAUGUAAUUAUAUUUCAGUGCAGCCAGUGAUUUAGAGUUACACUUGACUCUGGGGUUAUUUCUUGGUCUAGAGCGUUGUCGUCCUUCACUGCCAUCCAGCUGGGGUUUUUCCAAAAGGUUUCAAGUUGAGCUUGGGCUGUGGCCCUGAUGCAAUCCCAUCUCGAGCAUCAUAAAGCGGCUUGUUUUUGAGGAACCUAGAAGGUCUUCCUCACUGAUAUGCAUGUUGGGUUGAAGAUUUCUUGGAUCUUCCCUGCCCCACCCCCUUUUCUCCAACCUCCAUGUCUGUCCACUUUCCUGAGAGGGCAUUACUUGUUUGUCAUAGAUGUGGAAAUGAAGAGAUAUUCAAAACUCGGAAGCACGGUCAAGGGUUCACUUUCCUUAGUUCCUUUUGCAGAGUGGAAACUGGUGCCUGGUAGAUCUAGUGGUAUCUAUUUGAGUCCCCAAGGAAAAUCCAGCUCACCACAUACAUAGCUAGUUUUUAAAUUUUUUAAAACAAGGACACCUCUUUCCAAAAAGUGCCAUCAAAUGUGUUCUUAUCUCAGACCUACAUUGUUUUCAAAGUUUGGAAAGAUACACCUCUCCUGAGAUCCUCAUCGACAGUGGCCUUCAUAUCACCUCAGCCAUCUGUGGCUCUUAAUUUAUUGCACAAGGAUAUUCAUUUCCCCUCAGUUGCAGUGAGUUGCAAGCAAAAGAUCUUGAAAUUAAAAAGCACUAAUUAGUUUAAAAUGUCACUUUUUUGGUUUUUAUUAUACAAAAACCAUGAAGUAAUUUUUUUUAUUUGCUAAAUCAGAUUUUGUUCCUUUUUAGUGAUUCAUGUUUAUGAAGAGAGUUGAAUUUAACAAUCCUAGUUUUUAAAAGAAACUAUUUAAUGUAAAAUAUUCUACUUGUCAUUCAGAUAUUAUGUAUAUCUUCUAUGGCCUAUAUUCUGUACUUUUAAUGUACAUAUUUCUGCCUUGCGUGAUUUGUAUAUUUCACUGGUUUAAAAAACAAACAUCGAAAGGCUUAUGCCAAAUGGAAGAUAGAAUAUAAAAUAAAAUGUUACUUGUAUAUUGGGAAGUGGUUUCAAUUGUCAUUCAGAUAAUUCAUGUGGAGCUUUUUUGAGAAACCAUGAGGGAGAGUUUAGGGAAGACUACAUGUCAGAAUAACAGAAGAGCAGAGAAUUUUACCAAAACCAAACUAUUUGGAAGCUUCAAAAGAUUUCUAAGUGUAAGGGAACAAAAGGGGAAUUCUCUUUUCCUAUAUAUGUUCCUCAAAAAAAGAAAUCAAGCAGAUGGCUGAAAGCUGGUUUUAGGAUUGCUCACAUUCUUUCAGCAUUAUGCAUGUAACUUAAUUGUUUUAGAGCGUGUUGCUGUUGUAACAUCUCAGAGAAGAACUGAAAAAGGCACAUGCUUUUAUCCAUGACCAGAGUUUUAGCCCAAAAAAAGUGUAUUUGUGUUUACCACUGCAAUUAUUGCACCUCUCUAUUUGAAGUUACUGGGGCCUGAGUGUCUCUAUACCCCCUUUGAAAGUAAUUUCUUGAAAAGCAAGCCUCAGUCUGCGGAGAAUGAAAGCUCAUUGGAAACUAAAAGUUCGUUGUGUUAAGUGCAAUUAAUAUGAGUUCUCAUGCUUUCUGAAAGUGUACACCAAAAUCUGGCGAGCACUGCACAGAUUGAUACAUUAGCCCUUUGCUUUUUUUUUCUUUCCGGAUAACCUUGUAACAUAUUGAAACCUUUUAAGGAUGCCAAGAAUGCAUUAUUCCACAAAAAAACAGUAGACCAACAUAUAGAGUGUUUAAAAUAGCAUUUCUGGGCAAAUUCAAACGCUUGUGGUUCUGGGACUCACAUCUGUUUCAGUUUUUCCUCAGUUGUAUAUUGACCAGUGUUCUUUAUUGCAAAAACAUAUACUCGAUUUAGGAGUGUCAGCAUAUUUUUUUCCUUCUCAUCCUGGAAUGUGUUCAAAGAUCUUCCCAAUACAGGAAAAUUAACAACAACAACAAAAAUUAUAUAUAGGCAGCGACAAGCAGAGAGCCAUGUUCAAAAUAGUAAUUAUGGGCUCAAGUAAAAGGAAGACUUAAGUUUUAGUCCAGUUUAUCUGUUCAGCUGCUGACCUCCUGUAUAUGUUUUAGUAGCCUAUCUAAACCUUUUUCUUAUGUGAUUUUGCCAAUACCAAUUUUCAAUUUGUUUUUGCAAAACGUUAUUGAAGCCACUGGAAUUAUGGAAUUAUCAAAUAUGACACUCUGGCUGGAUAAGUACCCCAAGUAAGAAACUGGUACUGGCUAACUCCAAGAGAUCAUUAGCAAAAACAGCUUCCAAAGACUGAGUGGUCCGUAAUAUAAAUAGAGACAGAUAGAAAGGUACUUAUAGCUUGAAGAAUAUAGGUAAUGCAAAUAUGCACCAAGGCAUAGGUCUAAAAUACUGCAUUAUUACUGUAAAGGGUACUUUUAAAAUAUUUAAUUUUUAAAAAACUAUUUUUCUAGUCUUCCCCCUCUCUCUGUGGAAUGGUGAAAAAUAGAUGCCAUGACUUAGUAAAGGAAUCUUCAAUAAUUUACCUGUUCGCCCAAACUUGACACUUAAAUCUGAUGAUUGGAUAAUAGUUUAUUUUAGUGAAACAUCAUUUUGUUAGCCAACUUUUAAAAAAUGGGUGUAGAAAUGACUAAAGAUGGGUACGACUAUUAAAAACAAGAAUGUAUCAGUUUAAAUCGAGGAGAUUUAAUUAACAUGGCGUCUCAGUAUUUCAAAACCAGAAAAGGAAUGAGGAAAACUGCAUCUUAGACCAGUUUUAUAUGCAGUGUACAAUUUGCUGGGCUAGAAAUGAGAUAAAGAUUAUUUAUUUUUGUUCAUAUCUUGUACUUUUCUAUUAAAAUCAUUCUAUGAAA